GGCUUCCUGUUCACAGCACCGAAAAAAAGAGGUAACAAUGCAGUUGCGACAGGGCGUAGAUUGAGUGUUUCUUACUGCAUGUUUCUGCACCGGCUGAUCAAGCGCGCACGCUAUACGCCGAGCCGAACGUCCGAAUUGGAGACCUGUUUACUUUCACACCUGCUGCUAGUUGUUCCGUAUAACCUAAACCAACGAUACUCCAGGAGAGAGCCAGGAGAGGCUUUCUGACCUCCUCGGCGUCCCAGCUGCUCCUCAUGAGCGCCUGGCUGGAAGGGUAGCAGCCGUGUCCCGAGGAGAAUGGCGAACAGAUGCUGGAUCUACACAUGUGCAUGAAGAAGUAUCCAGGUGAAAAACACCACCUCUGGCAGUCAUGAGGAAUAGAGGGCUGAAGAUGCAGUCCUGAAGAUUGAUGGAGGGCCAUGCUAUUCAAACAGCAGGCACUGCUGAGACAGAAGCUCCUUGUUCUGGGCAGCCUUGCUAUCGGAAGUGUCCUUUAUCUUGUGGCCAGGGUUGGGACCUUGGAUAGGCUACAGCCCAUUUGCCCCCUUGAGAGCAGACUGACACACCCUGAGCCAGAACAAAUCCCUCUCCGCAGCCUGCAAUUUAAGCGUGGCCUGCUUCAUGAACUACGUAAGGGCAAUGCCACCAAAGAGCAAAUCACCCUGCACAACCUUGUCCAACAGCUGCCUAGGGCCAUCAUCAUUGGGGUGCGCAAGGGGGGCACUCGUGCCCUAUUGGAGAUGCUCAACCUGCAUCCAGCAGUGGUCAAGGCUUCACAGGAGAUUCACUUCUUUGACAAUGACCAAAACUAUGCCCGAGGAAUCGACUGGUACAGACGGAAAAUGCCCUUCUCCUUCCCUCAUCAGAUCACCAUUGAGAAGAGCCCUGCCUAUUUCAUCACCGAGGAGGUUCCUGAACGCAUCUUCAAGAUGAAUUCCUCCAUCAAGCUGCUGAUCAUCGUCCGUGAGCCCACUACCAGAGCUGUAUCUGACUACACACAAGUGCUGGAGGGCAAGGAGCGGAAAAACAAAACCUACCACAAGUUUGAGAAGCUGGCUAUUGAUACUAACACCUGUGAGGUGAACACAAAGUACAAAGCUGUUCGGACCAGCAUCUACACCAAACAUUUGGAGCGCUGGCUGAAGUACUUUCCUGUAGAGCAGUUCCACAUUGUGGAUGGGGACCGCCUCAUCACAGACCCGCUGCCAGAGCUGCAACUUGUUGAGCGCUUCCUCAACCUCCCCUCAAGGAUCAGCCAAUAUAACCUGUACUUCAAUGUCACCAGGGGAUUUUACUGCCUGCGAUUUAACAUUGUCUUUAAUAAGUGCCUGGCAGGCAGCAAGGGUCGCAUUCAUCCAGAGGUUGACCCAUCAGUGGUGGCUAAACUGCAGAGGUUCUUCCACCCCUUCAAUCAGAAGUUUUCCCAGAUCACUGGUAGAACAUUCAACUGGCCAUGAGGAGCUUUGAACAUCUCCAGUGAGAUACCUUGGUUUUGUGGAUUUUAAAAGCUUGGAGAUCUCUGAAGAUAAUAACAGCACUUUGAUUGAAUUUUGAUACUAAAAGGACAGUGUGACCAAAUAUAAAAAGAACUUGAUUUAAGUUUGUUUUUAUGUGUGAAAUAAAACAAAACAGUUUGACUGUUUUGACUAAAAGAUUCUGUAGUUAAUUCACCUGUCUGUCAAUGUUCCCAGUGAAGGAAAAUAACAGUACUGAACUGUGCAAUUAACUAAAGAGAUUAUUUUUCUUAUUUUGCUUUUUUAAAAGACUAUCACUAAGACUAACACUGAUAUUCAUACUGUUAAGAUAAGCUUUAAGUGUGAUGCUUUAUUCAUGAUAAAACACCUUAAAACAUGACAAAAUGACAUCUGAUAAACAACAAAAUUGUUCAUUUGUCUUCCUUCAUAUUGUUUAUUUGACCAAAACUGCAUGGGCAAUCAAGAUGCUAAAUAACAUUGUAGGAUCUCAUAUUAGGUGUGUUCUGUUGUUGGUUCAUAUUGUUUUUCACUUCAUCUUAUAUUUAGUUCAUGCUGUGAUCAGUCCAGUAGAAGGUGACCUAAUUCCCAACCCAGCAUUAGCCAACAUUAUCCAGAGAAGGCUUAUCACAAUAGAAUCUGGUGUUUCAAGCUUGAUUCAAAACCUGCAAAGCAUUUAAGACUUGAGCUUGUGUUUUAUUGUGAGUACAUUGUAUCUUCCCUCUUUCAGUAGUUUGCAAAACACCUGGCAAUAAGCCAUUGUGGAAAAAAAGUUGUCCAACAGCUUAUUCUAUGAUAAUUAGCAAAAUAUGUCUGUUUCUGUGCAAAUAUUCAUGCUGUAUCAUAAGUGUGUUGUUUAAAAGGUUAAAUUAAAAGAACUUGUA